AUGCAGCGGGGCCGUGUGACGUGCCGAGCUGCUGCAGUCAGUGUCCUCGGUCUCCUGUGGGUCGUCACGGCUGUCUUCAUCUGCCCAGAGACAUGUGAUUGCCGAUCUAACGGGGAGGUUGACUGUAACGGACGGGGAUUCAAAGACGCUCCCGUUAACAUACCAUUGGGUUCAAGUAUUCUCCGCCUGGGAGACAAUCGCAUACAGAACCUGUCUGAUACGGAUUUCUCCUACCUAACUAACCUGGAGGAGCAUUAUUUGCACAACAACGACAUCCGCGUUCUCCCUAGCGGAGUUUUCUCCCACCUCACUAGCCUGACGUUGCUUGAUCUGAGCAACAACGAUAUCCGCUUUCUCCGUAUUGGGGUUUUCUCCAACCUCACCAGCUUGGAGAGGCUUGAUCUGAGCAACAACGACAUCCGCGUUCUCCCAACUGGGGUUUUCUCCAACCUCUCCAGCUUGGAGAGGCUUGAUCUGAGCAACAACGACAUCCGCGUUCUCCCAACUGGGGUUUUCUCCAACCUCACCAGCCUGGAAGAGCUUAAUCUGGACAACAACAACAUCCGCGUUCUCCCUACUGGGGUUUUCUCCAACCUUGGCAGCCUGAAGAGGCUUUAUCUAAGCUUCAACAACAUCCGCGUUCUUCCUGGCGGAGUAUUCUCACAUUUCACCCGCCUAAGAGGGCUGUUUCUAUCAGAUAAUAAUAUAGCUGACCUUCCAGAUGGAGUGUUCUCAAAUCUGACCAGUUUGACACAUCUUGACUUGCGCAGCAAUAACAUCCCGAGUCUGCCCACAGGGGUGUUCUCCCAGCUCACCCGUCUGACGAUCCUGUGGCUAGAUGAAAAUCAUAUAGCUCACCUUCCUAAUGGCGUAUUCUCAAACCUGAUCAGUCUGGAGCGGCUUUACCUUUACAAGAAUAACAUCUCGAGUCUGCCCAUUGGAGUUUUCUCACAUCUCACCCGUCUUAUUACGCUCUAUCUAUUUGACAAUCAUAUAGCUGAGCUCCCAGAUGGAGUGUUCUCACAACUGACCAGUUUGGAAUUGCUUCGCUUGAAGGACAACAACAUCUCGAGUCUGCCCGCUGGUGUGUUCUCAAACCUUACCUGUGUGGUAGAGCUUGAUCUGGACAACAAUAACAUCUCGACUUUGCCCACUGGAUUAUUCUCAAAUCUUAACCGUCUGACGGGACUGUCACUAUCUGGUAAUCAUAUAGCUGAGAUCCCAGAUGGAGUAUUCUCUAAUCUGACCAGUUUGGAAUGGCUUCACUUGGGCAACAAUAACAUUUCGAGUCUUCCCACUGGAGUGUUCUCGCAUCUCAACAGUCUUCUGUUGUUUAAAUCCCUUUACAUAGCCAGAAACCCAUGGAGGUGUGACUGUGGUCUACAUGGUCUGAUGACUUCGGCACGUCUGCGCACUCUAAUUUCCGAUGACCCUACCUGCAGUUCCCCUCCCCACAUGAAAGGCGACGCGUUGUCAUCUGUUGUGGCAGACACGGUUCGUCGCCGCAGUGGGGACUGCGCUUCGGGACGCGCUGAGGGCAUUUGUUCUUGCACCAUCGGCUGGACUGGCCUAUACUGCGAUAAAGACAAUCCUGUUGACAGCAGGAUUGUUGGUGAAAUGUGCCCCCCCACCUCCCCACCCCCCUGUAGACUAUUUGACAUGCAGUAG